GACAACUUCCAAGGGUCAAUUCAGCCCCAGUUGUAAACCAAGGAGACGCUACCAUGACUGUCCAUUUAGUGUACGGCUUCCUGUUUGUUUUCUCGGCCUUGCCAGGACUCAUUCUUGGGGAUUUGGCGUUCAGAUGCCCAGUCUGCACUGCAGAAAACUUGGAUGCAUGUCCUGAGGUCCCUUGGUGUCCAGAGAUUGUGAGGGAGCCUGGCUGUGGCUGCUGCCCUGUGUGUGCCCGGCAGGAGGGGGAACUUUGUGGGGUCUACACACCAAGGUGCUCCACCGGCCUGAGGUGCUACCCCAGCAUGGACGCUGAGUUACCCCUGCAGCAGCUCAUCCAUGGUUUAGGCCAAUGCAGGCGAAGGGGUGAACAGGACGUAAUGGGGGUGGACCAGCAGGCAACAAAUGAGGUACAAGGGACUGAGAUUCCACUCAUUAAGAGACCUUCCCCUGAUCUCUGGAGCUGGCAGGAAGUGGCAAAGAGGCAGUACCAGAAUGAACUGAAAACCAGGAUGAGAAUAAAUCUGCAUGAUGAUCGAGUCCAGAGAGAACCACAGAGUGCCUGUCAGCAGGAGCUGGACAUGGUCUUAGAGGAGAUCUCUAAAAUGACCUCCGAGGACAACAGAGGCCCCCUGGAGAACCUGUACGGGCUCAAAUUUCCAAACUGUGACAAACAUGGACUGUACAACCCCAAACAGGUGAGCCGGAGGUUACACUGA